AUGUUCAAGCCUGUAUUAGCAAGGCCUUUUGUAGCCAGGUCGUUUUCUACCACAAUAAAAGCUGCUCAAGACUCAAGACCACUCUUCGACUCGUCACUGUUCAAGGCUAUAAGUAACAAAGCCGCCAAUCCUACUGCGAUUUCAAAUGAAAAUUCAAGUUCUGCUCCUGGGGGAAAGGUCGAUCUACUGUCAAUGUUGUCCCCCAGGGACGAUGCUCUAGGAUCAAAGUUGACUGGGCCUAUGGCCGGCCGGACCGUUGCAGUGUUCAAUGGGAAUACUAUGAGAGCAUUUCAAAGGCUGAACAGCAUUAUCAGAUCUAAUGAAAUAGCUGAGGAAAAGAGACAGCAACGUUUCUAUUUAAAGCCUGGUAAAGCAAAGGAACAACAGAGAUCUCAAAAGCAUAGAAAGGAGUUUAUGAAGGGUUUCAAGAGUCUGAUAGAAGUCGUGAAAGAUGCAAAGCGGAAAGGUUACUAA